AAGAUUCUUUUCUAUGUUCAGAGCUUCCUAAGCUCCAUUCUUUUUCUUAACAACACACCAAUAGUACUACAAUACCACAACACAUCAAGCCCGUCGCAAAUCAUCACCUCCCUCGAUAGAUGAUAAUCUGUGACUACCUAUUUGACUGCGAUACCUGGCGACUUUGGAGGAUGCUGGCUAGCAACCAGCUCCCCAACCAAAAAUACUAAUCGUAUUCUAGAUUACCUCCUACCUAUAUCCUCCCUACACGAUGUCUCAAGGACCUCAGAAUAUGUACGGCCUGCAGUUUGGUGCACCGUCGCCACCUCUCGACGUGGAUGAGCAAAGUACAACAUCACCAAUACCAUCAAUUGAAUUUGAGGAGCCAAUGGAGACUGACCAUCCCGUUCCAACAGCAUCGCCUUUCUAUACCCAAGCCGAGAACGAGUUCGCAACAGAUGCCGAGGCGUUCGCUAGAGACCUUGAUUCACUCUCAUUAGUGCGAAAAUCACCAGCCGAGCAACGAGCGGAGAUCUUUAAGCUGGUCGAUUCCUACUAUCAUUACGCAACUAAGAAAGUUCAUGCCAUACGUAAAUCGCAAGGAAAGGGAGCCAGCGCUGGCCAGAGUCACUCACACUAUGCCUCCAGCCAAGAUUCAAUGGAACUAGACGAUGCGGAAAACUCGCCGGAAUCACCAGGUUCAGCAGAAACACUUAAGAGAUGGGAGUUAGAAGCCCAAACUUGGGACCUGCUGCGUCGCCUCUUGCCCUUACGAUACUCGAACAAGACCUCACUGAAACCGACGCGACAUGAUGUAACAAGAUUUCAAUCAUCCUCCGAGCUGUGGGAAGAUUUCUUGCAAUCAGAGUCAACUGCGCAAGAGCGCAAGGCAGUUUUGGAAUGCUUACAGACUAGCGCAGAUGAAUCGCGUACGGGUAUCGAUGAAUUGGUACGGGAUUAUCAGCAGCGAGCAGAGAGGGGUGAUAUUAUCGCAUAUGGUUGGCUUCACACGCGAUCUGCUAUUAAGAUGCAAAAGAACCUCAACGGUUGGUCCGGAGCUCUGGACCCUAAUGCUCCUGACGUUGUCCAAAAACUCCGUAACGGACCGAACCCCCUAGUCACCCAACUUGACCCUGAUGUGACAACAAGGCAGAGUCGGAAACUUCAGCCGCAAGACGAAUAUUUCGAACGAGCCAUUUGGGUUGGGUGCUACGAACUGCUGCGACGAGGACGAAGCAUCGCCGAGAUUCGAGACUGGUGCGUCGAGAGAACCGAGGUCUGGAGAGCAGUCAGCAUGUCAGCUAUGCCCUUGUCCAAGGAAGAAAGUGAUGUUCGCUUUGGUUGUGAUCCGCUCUCCAUACUUCUCUGGAGGCGCACUUGUUUCGCCCUAGCACGACAGGGCGGUACCGACGACUUUGAGCGUGCUGUCUAUGGAAUCCUAUCGGGCGAUAUUCAAAGUGUCGAGAAAAUCUGUGAAGAUUGGGACGAUUUUGUCUAUGCGCACUACAAUGCCUUGUUACGAACACAAUUUGACGCUUACUUGAUGAAACGAUCUCCGGCAGAUGCAACCGCCGCCAUUACCCAAAGCUUUCCCGCCGCCUUCAACGCUGUUCAAUUCCAUGGUGAUGCUGCUUCAGUCGGAGAACGUCUUGUGAAAUCCUUAGAGACGAACAAUAAGACUUCUAAAGAGGCAAGAACGCCCGUGAAGACUCUCCAGGCGGCUAUUCUUUCGAAUAAUUUAGAUCAGUACACCUAUGAACUCGGUCUUGCGCUUUCCAAGUUAGCAAACAAGGGGAGCGCAUCGGCAUUAAUACCACGUUUUAAUUCCGAUGAUCAAGAUAUAGACGAGACCAAAUUUGUCCAACCGGCGGAUCACAGCAGUCUGCGCGUCCUGGUCCACGUGUAUCUGAUCUUGUCAAAUCUGGAGCAAUUAGAGGGUGGUCUGCAUGCGGAGCUUUCCGAACGUCACAAAGUACAGGAAAAUGUUCUCUCUGCGUAUGUGAGUACUCUAAGGCUAACGGGCUUGACGGACAUAAUGCCUCUAUACUGUAGUCACAUACAAGGAGACAGGGCUUUCUUCACGCUCAGCCGGAAUGUUACUAACGUAACUGAUCAACCGGAGCGGGAGGUUUUCUUAAGACUUAUGGAAAAGCUUGGUAUGGAUAUUGCCGAAUUCGUGCAAUUCCAACCUCGAUCCCUUCUUCAGCAGCAUCCCCUACCGGCAGAGCGCCCGCCACCGUUUGGCAGGUUCACCGUGUUCUCCAAUGAUCCACCUACGCUCAAGUAUGGACGUCCUCUGAAGCCAGAUUUCCUGGGAGAACCUCCGGAGAACCUCAACGAUGUAGACGAACAUCUCAUACAAUCCUUAGAAUGGUUCCUUCUUGUUGAUGGACUUUGGCACGAAUUUUUCCAUUACGGUACUGCCAUCUACAAACGCUUUCUCAUGCAAUUCAAUCUCCAUGCAGCACGUGCCUUGGCUGAGCGAGUUCGCUGUGCCGAAGUUUUCAAGAGGAAGUUUGAUAUUGUGUAUUCAGAUGAUGAAGAUGUUUCGUGGUUUGAGGAGGUCCGAGCAAGUGCUGCGGCCGGCUUGUUCGAAGAACACGGUAUGGGUUCGGAGGAAAUUGCGGCAGCGCAAAACUAUUUCGAGAUGGAAUGUAUGACCAGAGCUCUGGAUUUGAUGGAGACCGUUGCUUCAAGUCAAUUACUGGUCCAAGAUCCAGCGGAGAGAGUGGGCAGGGACUUCUGGUCUCAUAUAGGCCGCGAAGUGAAGACCAUCAAGACUCUCAUGCCUCCAAUACUACACAACUGGCUCACAGAGAGUAUCGAAGAAGACGAAGACUUCGCGUACCUUCGAGAUGCAUAUAUUCCGGAGACGGUCAUAGGCUACGUGAGCGUGCUGCAUUUUGCAGGGACGAUGCUAACCCGAGAUAACCUGCUGGAAUGCAUGGACCUUGCUUCAGUGAUCGCGAAGAAGGAUGCGGACGUGCAGGCAGUAAUAAUGAAGGCUGGCCGAAUGAAGGAGCUCGUGGAGGGUUUUGCAAAUUGCAGCAAGGCACUUGCAAUAAGCAGCAGCGAGAAGAAGGGGGCCAGCGGAAUCAACAGUAAGAGAAUGCUGCGCGAACACGGAUGGACACGGGAGCUGUGGUCGGUUAAGAAGUGAUAUGACAUGAACAUCAAUGGUUCUAUUCUGCCCAUGCAUUUCAGGGGGGCUAUGGCUGAAGGGCGUUGGUUGGCUUCUCAGAUGUUAAUGAUGACUAUCAAAAGUAAGGGCGUUCCUUGGGGUACGCUCAAUGCCCGUAGUGCGCAGCACGGUGAACCUGAAUACAAAUCAGUGUGUAAUUUUAUAAUCCUCUGCGUUUCAAAGUGAUGCUUGUGAAUGUAUGUAAUUCUAUCCAUUACUUUGAA